GACCCUUUUCUCGCACGCAGUGCUGAAUCAGUAAGGCAAUUGCUGCCUCUCUUUUCUCACCUGUCGAUCUUUCGUAAACCGCUGUGCGCAAGCCCUUUCACGGCUCUUAGCCGGCCUAAGCUGGUGAGCGAGACCCUGGCCUGCCCGGGCCUUUUUCGUGUCGCUAAGCUCGAGCUGUACGGUCGUGUCGUUGGUCGUUCCGAUCCGUGUGCACAAUUCUUAAGCCAGCCCAGUCCAUUAGUGGAAUCGUUUCAGGUUUCGUGCCGUUAAGCAAAACCCAUACCGCCACCAUGGAUCCGGAGGCGUUCCUUGAUAUCGCCAACCAGGUGAUCAAGCUUAAGAUGUUUCCGUACUUUGACAUCGCACACAGCCUGCUCUGUGCGCUGUCGGUCAAGGAGGAUCUCGGUGCUGGUGCACACACGUUUUCGCGCAAGCACCCGCUCGCCUGCUGGCUGUCGACGAUGCUGGUCGUCUUUGCCGGUGGCAUGGUUGCAAACGGACUGCUGGGUGAGCCAAUUUUGGCCCCGCUCAAGAACACACCCCAGCUCCUGGUAGCCACGGCCUGCUGGUACAUCGUCUUCUACACGCCGUUCGACAUCGGCUACAAGGUAGCCAAGUUCCUGCCGAUCAAACUGGUGGCAAGUGCCAUGAAGGAGAUCUACCGUGCGAAGAAGAUUCACGACGGUGUGACACACGCUGCCAAGCUGUAUCCGAAUGCGUUCAUCAUCAUGAUCAUUAUCGGUACAUUGAAGGGCAACGGUGCCGGUUUCACCAAGCUGAUCGAGCGCUUGAUUCGUGGUGUGUGGACUCCCACGGCAAUGGAGUUCCUACAGCCAAGCUUCUACACCAAGGCAUCCCUGAUCGCCUCGAUCAUCUUCGUGCUGGACAAGAAAACGGACCUGAUUUCGGCCCCGCACGCGCUCGUUUAUUUCGGCAUUGUCAUCUUCCUGGUUUACUUCAAGCUGUCGUCGAUUCUACUCGGCAUACACGAUCCGUUCGUGCCGUUCGAGAAUCUAAGCUGCGCCCUGCUGUUCGGUGGCAUCUGGGACAGUUUGGCCAAGAUUUUGGGCCGUGGUCAGGCGAAGGAAGAACCGAAGGAUGCGAAAAAGUCCAACUAAGCGCACAGCGCCAUUGGCAGAAAGCUUCUUUUUGGGUUUUCUCCAUCUCUCGACGUGUAGCGUAAAUGUAGGAUUUUUGAUUUUCGAAAGUAGUUUCUUCAUUUUAUUUUUAUUUAAUUUUUGUGUUUGAUAAUCGGUUGCGUUUUUUUAACUAAACGUGGUAUUGCUUAUUCUUAAUUGCUUAACAUCUUUUUUUUUUAUAAAAAGAAGUAAAGCGGGAGAAAAAGGAGAAUGCGAGAGCGUGCGUUUUUAAACGCGAACGUGAUACGCAAAUUACCGGCCAGAUCAGUCACACGGUCACACACACACACACACGAUCACGGCAAACAUCACGCAAACGCGCGACACACGCAGUUGUACUGCGCUUAGCAGCUAACAUUCUAAUUUAAGCGCUUGAUGAAAAUGUACGGUCGGUCUAGGGUAAUAGGGUUCGCAGCACGUUUUGUUUUUAAUACUUUUGCCGCUUGCCAUCAGUGACCGGAUUAUCACCGGAUGUGAUGUUUAUCCCAAAACCAUACCAAAGGAAAAACACGUGCUUAGUAGACACUGGCUUUAGUUUAUGAUUAUUAUUCUAACGAUUUAAUUUUGUCCUAUUAUGUUUUAUCUAGUCGGGCUAGAUAGAUAUGCGUAGGCAGCAGCAGACUUAUGCGUAUGUAGCAAUAUAGCUAGUCGAUUUACGUUUAUUUGUGAUUUUUUUUUAACGAACCCGUACGGUAAUGCAACAGCCGAGCAAGUGAACAAACUUAAAUGUAAGCAAAACAAACAACAAAAAGCACACCCACAUAACAGUGGGUGGUAUGUGGGUAGUCCUUUUUCUGGGUGGCACUGGUGAUUUCCGGUGCGGUGAGUUACGCCCCCCCCCCCCCCCCCCCCUCGAACGAAGUUUACCAUCGACAACAGAGCUACACACAGAGAUACACGCCCGAACAUAAAAAGACUUAAUUAACUUUUACUAGACAUGGACAAAAAAGGGUUUCUUUAUCGUUUGUUUCCCUCAUACAUGAUGGAAAUGUGAAUGAAAGGGAAAGCUCUUGCUACAAAAUAAUACCCUUUACCAGAGCUGUCCGUCAGCUUGGAUAGGAUGAGUCCGUAACGAAACGAAAACUUGUACACGUAUUGGAAGGAGUUUAUUAUAGCGUUAGCUUGAGCUAUCAGUAUGACAAGCAAAAACGAAGCAAUAAAGAAACAUGCUGUGAUUCCAGGCAACAAAAACAAUUUCUCGUUGAAUAACACGCAAGAAACGUUAUCCACAGGAUAGGUUACAAAUCCGUUUCCUCGAAUCUCGGUCUAGGUCUAGGUUUGAUCAUGAUUCCUGCAUCAACAGGAGUUUGCGGAGCUCAUCUUAAGCACAAAUUCACAUUAUAAUGCGCCUCCAGAUUUCAUUACUUAAGUUGUUGACCCAGCGGCGGAUUAAACGGUAAGCGGAGUAGGCAGUGGAGGAUCAAUCCCCUUGGAGGCCCAGGGCGGAAUUAUAAAUGGGUCCUCUAAUUUCAAAAACGAUGAAAUGAGGGGCAUUGAGGCCCUUGACAUAAGGCAAAACUAAAGGCGCAGUAAGAAGGGGCUCCUGAACUCACUUUGAAUC